AUGGCACCUCCUCAUCUCACAAUUCCACCGGAAGAGUGGGAACGCCGCAAGGAGGUCAUUCUUCGACUCUGGUUCGACGAAAAUCUGCCUAUAGAAGGAACUGGCUCCAAUACACGGAGUUUAAUGCAGGUUAUGAAAGACGAGCACAAUUUUGUCGCCACAGGCUGGGGUGCUUUCAAAAAUUUGAAGAGAUGUGACUGGGAGGUUAUCUUACCAAUCCAUGACCAGCUGGAAAAACGAGGCUUAAAACCUCGGGUGAUGAUCGGUCAUCAUAUCUUUGAGGAGAAAAAGAUAAGAAAGGCCCGCCGCCGGUAUCUUGGUAAAGAAAAUGAUCGGAAACGAGAGCUCAUUGCUGAACCCCGCCCAUCUUCAAAUCAACCACAACGUUGGCAUAUCGAGUUCCUCAAAGAUGGGAACUUUGUCGAAUAUUUUCACAGUGGCGAAUCCGUUAAGUCUGUGAAAGAUCUUGCCAUCUUAGGUCAGAUGCAUAGCGGCUUGCGAGAUGAUGAUAUUUAUACCGCCAGCCCGCCACCCGAGGUCGAUGCUUUCAAGGCUGCAAAUGGCAUCCCAACAGUCAAUACGUCUGAGAUAGACGUAUAUCAUGCCUUUCCGUUACUUAAAUCACAUCGACGUGAUCCAGGACAGGCCGGCGAGUUGGUAGGCCCGUCCGAUGUCUCUCGGUGUCUAAGAGAUAAGGGUCAUAGCUACACUGGAUACGGCGGCAAAACAUCAUCUCUGUUACUGCAAGGGCCGGGUUUGAACUCUUCCCCGAGUAGCAGAAUCAAAAUGAGUGGUCUGUUUUCGAAUGAAGAGCGCGGCGAAAUGUCAAUGCUUCAAAGUAUCCGCGUCCAGCAACUCGCGAGCGAACUGGAGAUUAAGGGCUGGGGCUUCGUAGCAAAAUACCGCCGAUUUUUAAGUAUUACAAGUCGUUAUGACGCUACAGACAGCGACAAAAUCCGACAUUAUGAUCGUGUUAAGAGUUACUUACACUCCGAUACCGGUGUUGGCGGCGCUGAAGAGAACGAUGUUCGACAUCCGACGAAGUACAAGGUCGGGAUACUCUGCGCUCUCCCAAAGGAAAUCCUCGCUGUCAGGGCGCUCUUCGAUAUAGACCACGGCAUAAAAGGCCCGUUGUUGCCUGGGGAUACUAACCACUAUUCGCUGGGACAAAUUGGCGGGCAUAUGGUUGUCGUGGCAUGUCUUCCAGCUGGGGAUUUCGGAAACAUUUCGGCGGCAGAAGCCGCCUCAAAUAUGAAGAGAAGCUUUACAAACGUCAAAUUUUGCCUUUUGAUUGGAAUCGGAGGUGGCGCGCCUUCCCGUCUUCAUGAUAUACGCCUUGGAGACGUAGUCGUUAGUAUGCCAACCGAGACAUAUCCCGGUGUCAUUCAACAUGAUCGGGGUAAAGUGUAUGAAAAUCAUGAUUUUCAGCGAAUAGGGGCUCUUCAACCACCACCAAGAUUCCUGAUGACCGCAAUCAGCUCUCUUUCAUCAGAUCCACGGCUUCCAACCGACCCCCUCGAGCCAUAUUUACAACAGGUUGUUGACCGUAUUCCCCAAUACCAGUAUCCUGGGCAUGAACAUGAUAAGCUUUUCAAAGAACUCUGCCCUAGGUGUCUGGCACAAGAAGACUGCGGCAGCCUGGAAAUGCAUUUAGAAGUCAGAGUACCACGAGCAUCAAAUGCACCAGAGAUACACUAUGGUCUGAUCGCUUCUGGCAACGUGGUCAUAAAAGACGCCCAAUUCCGAGAUCGAUGGGCAAGUCAGCACGGGGUUAUGUGUUUCGAGAUGGAGGCUGCCGGCGUCAUGAACGUGUUCCCUUGUCUCAUCAUUCGCGGUAUCUGUGACUAUGCAGAUGCGUAUAAGAAUAAAAUGUGGCAGGAGUACGCUGCGGCUACGGCUGCAGCGUAUGGUAAAUUACUCUUGAGGGAAGUCUCGCCCGGCUCCUAUGAUGGUUCAGUUGCGGCGGCCAGAAGCCAGAAGCCUAUUGAUGCUUCCCCUCCGAGGGCACUUAGUUCCCUUAGAAAGCCAAUGAGUGUUUCCGCGUUUGAAUUUAUCUUCGGCUUCCUCGCGAAACUACGGCAACACAGCGAGAUAUAG